GAGCGCUAACAAGAGAGAGAUAGAGCCUGAUCGCAACACUACUAAAUCUGCAUGGUAAGCGAGGUUGUCAGACUGAUGUGACAACUAAGGGAUAGCGGACAGUAGGGACGGGCACGAUACAAGAUGGAGGAUGCAAGGUGAAAUUCCAUCUACUGGAGGCGGCUGGACUAGAUGUGCAAGAGGAGGUGAUAUUCUAAUGGUCUGUCUCUCGAUGUCCGCCUAGUCGAACCGAGCCAGAGAGUUCUACAUGUGAAGUCUGUCACAGACUGGUGGCAGACGACAAUUGGAAAGGCUUGCACCGCCAUUCUGGUAUCCGUGGACCUGGAGACUACUUCUUGGACGUCCAUGGCGAAAUGUGUUAUGGCUGACACAAUUCUCAUUUUCGAUUUUUAAGAGGGCGGACAUGUUGACGAUAAAAGGUUCGUUGAUUAACUAUUCCGACUGAAAGCUGCGUGUGUCAGGAUAUAAGGGGAAUCGAAGGACACACGAGCAAAACAACCACCAUGGUAGACCAUUAUUGACAAAGCCGGGGCGCAGGCCUAUAAUUUGACUGGCGUCUCGUUGAUAAAGGUAUUUCACGAACCAUAGCGCAUCUCCCAUUUGGAUCUAUUGUGAGGAGUCGGGUUCUCCACGAUAGCGGUCAUUCUGACUGAUUGCAUCACCGUGACGUAGUCUUCGACGAGAUAAAGAAAUUCUAACUCAACAGUUACAUAUAUGGGAAUGUUAUGUGUGGUACCUAUCUCAAUACAGCAAACUGUGAUUGCCUUGUGUCUCGACAUGGAUUCAUGAAGCAAUAGGUGUCGGUGAUUUUACACCUCAACUCAAUGUGUUAUCAAAGAACGAUCAUUUGAGAGAUUUACAACCAAACUCCAUUCACCUUCUUCAACAGCUUGCUUGUCUGUGUUCAGGUCGGGCCGACAUCGACAACGUGAAGUGAAUUCUACAUUUGCAAAUGUCUCUAAGGAUAUUUAUGCCAAAGUCAACACCAACGACCACUUCAUCUUCUUUCAACAACAGAUUUACUUGGACACCAUCGACAGCGGUUGAGCUACCCAUUCCGUCGUGAUUGGUGUUCUACAGUAGACAUAAGACCUGAUUGGGGUACCAGCCCAUUCAUGUGUUCGUUCCUUUUGGUGCCAUCCCUGCCAGGAUUUCCUCAAGCUCGAGGGGUAUCACAACCAAUCUGUGUAUGCUGUCUACCAAACAGGAAAUCUACCAGUUAGGAUUUCACCAUAUUGGAUUAAGCAGAUAUAUCCAUUGGAUAAUAUCUAGCCCUUCCAUUAUGGCCUGGCUGUUCAAAAGUUUGGCCAUGAAGAGCAACAACGGAAAUCAGGAACAGAGGCCCAAAGACACAAAAUUAGGCACUAUACCUGAGAAGGACGACCCUCCAACGAUAGAAGAAGUGAAAAGUUGGGGCGAGUCCUUUGACAAACUGAUGAAAAGUGGACGGAAGGUGUUUAGGGAAUUUUUGCGGUCAGAAUACAGCGAGGAAAACAUGCUGUUUUGGCAGGCAUGUGAAGAUCUAAAGCAGGAACAAAACCCAGAAUUAGUAGAAGAAAAAGCACGUUUGAUAUACGAAGAUUACAUUUCUAUAUUAUCGCCAAAAGAGGUUAGUUUAGAUUCGAGAGUACGGGAAGUAAUCAACAGAAACAUGGUGGAUCCAACACCUCACACAUUUGACGAAGCUCAGUUACAAAUAUACACGUUAAUGCAUCGAGACUCGUACCCACGUUUUCUAAAUUCGCAGAUCUAUAAGCGUCUUGUUCAACAAACUUCAUGAAUGUUAUCAUCACCUUAACCGUGUACCUUUCUACCAGGAGUGAUGUGUGUAGGCAAUAGUCUUCACUCCUGUCGGGCGACCAUGACCUUCCCACCAGGUCACGUGCGUCGUCGCGUGUCACCACAAAGCCCUGUACAGCAACUUCCAGUUAUGUUUUUAUUUCCAUGGUGAUAGUGCGAAAGAGUCGUGGCGAGUAGCAACGGUUGGAUGUCGUUGUAGUCGUCUCCCACUGUUUCAUUGUCGUACGCUAAUGGAGUGGACGUCGCUCCAAGUGAUCUUAAGUCACGGAUGCGUGAAAGUGGCUUCCUUCUGCGCAUGUACGGAGGAUAUUGCCAACAUUUGCUGCCAGGCUCAUCGAUGUGUAAAUCAACAGGGACCAAAACCUCGAGAGUUAUCUGCCCUUGAAGACAGCGCCACCAGAGGAUGGGCAGAACAAAGCCCGGGCGGUCGAAUGUAUCUCAUUAAUUCUACCGAGUCCCUAUUGUUAAUUUCACCAAAAUGACGGGUGAAGUAUGCUCAAUUUGGAGAUGACAACAGCACAAAGAUGUUCUCACUUAUCAUGCCAAACAGUAAUUGACCUGUGAUCUGAUGGGGUGUAGUUUGGCAGUUGGGCAAAAUAGUCCACCAUUUUGAUUAUUUCCCGGCAGGAUUAUACAAAUCCGGUUUAUGUUAGUAACUUGCCUGGCAAAAAUGUCCUGAGUAUGAAGUACAACACAGGCAGAAGGAUUAAGUGCAAUAUGUAAGAAGCAAUUUAUUUGGAAGUUUGAAACGUAAGAGUUCAAACGUGGUCUCGGAGUGGUCAGAACACAGUGUCCAUUGAUGUGGUACAUGUAUAAACACUAGAAUCAAGGAAACACUCAAAAUUGCCAUCACCAGGCGAGUUUACAUUAGCUACAUAAGUUUGGGGUAUUAGAUGCAGAUAGUGUUUGGGGUUUCCCUAGAUGACAAAAAAUACAAAAUGUGACACUUUUUACGUUACAUGCCAGGGAGCCAAAACUUAUAUUCAUCAAAAUUUACUGCCAGAUUCUGGUACUGUUCCUGUCCGUUUUAUUCUUUUCCAUUUUAAGUUUCAUGGUUUCAUUGCAAGGGAAGUAAUCCAUGCAAGACAUUGUCAAAAUGCAUACCAAAAAUCGUAUGCUAUGAUGCUGCCAAACUUUAUUUCCAUUUUGAAAUGCAUUCGAAACAUUUACAUGCAUAAAACUAUCAUUUUCAUUAUUUCGGAUAUAUAUUUCCAUGAUAUUCAUGAAAACUUAAGUUGAAAACAUCUUUGAGAAUUAAAAUCAUAACAUUGAAACAUUAAACAGAAUGUGUUAUGCUUCUUUUCAUUAGGUGAAACCUAUCUGUGAUAACAAUAACUUAUCAAAUUAUCUUCGGUCUAUUUCAUGUCAUUAUAUUCUCCAUAUUUCUCAUCUCAAUCUGUCUGUAAAGUUAUUUAGAGAGUGCAAUGUUACGAAUGAAAAAUCAUUAUAUAUUAAUCAAUAAUAUAUUCAUUCUUCUAAGUUUAUUUUUUUUAUGUUAGAUCGUUGUUGAAUCUGUCCAUCUUAAGUCGGAUGCUGAAAGAGCCAGUAAUGAAUGCUUUAAUCAUUAAUAAGAAAUAAUACCUUAAACUGGAGAAAGAUUUACAGUGGUGCACAGGUUUGCCAAACUCUGGGGGUCUUGUGAUAAAACGUGUUCUGAUGCUGAUCAUUGGAACCAGCCGUACGUUUUACAUUCGAUUUGUUAAAUUAUUUUGUCAUUUCUUUCUUACUUCCCGGGUUUGGCAUAACCGCGAAUAACUGUAAUUAACAGAUUGCACUGAACUGUAAACCAUUACUAGUUAACACUGCACUUCGUCAUUGUAUAGUUAUAUGUUAUUCCUAGAUACUUGACCUGAAGUGUGGUUUAUCCACAAAGCCUCAACACCACGAAACGAGCUCGCUAGAUUAAUGUAUUAGAGAAAUCGUCUACUGUUGCCCAAUGAUAAACGACGGAUGCCGGUUUGAGACAGCAUCAAGAAUUUAUAUGUAUUUCGUCACCGCUUGAAGAAGACUUGUUGACUUAUGUGUCAUAGGACGAACAGAAUCUGGUGAUUGAUAUCCCCGAUGAGGGCUAUGCUGUCUCACUUACCAGCCCGCAUCGAGCACCAAUCAUCAUGAGGCUCUGUUCAUUCUACGAUCUGUUUGAGAUGACUGCAUUGUCAUAAAGCACCAUAGCUUUGAGGUACACUACUGCAAGGAAAGCCUCUUUGUCAAUCGCGACCUGGACGCGAACUGUUCGCGCCGCAGUCGGGAUUGUCGAAAUGGUUGUUGUGACCAGUAGCGCACAAACAAACAUCCCGAUGAUCGCGAGCAUGCCGCGAACUCGCCGCAUCCAGGUCGCGGACAAAGGAACGUUUGUUUUAAGCAGUAGUGUAUGUGUGUGCUAUAUGUAUUGUCAAUUACACUGACUGAUCAGCUGACGUCAAACUGAAAUGGAUCACAUGUCGGCAUGUGAUGGACACUGUAAAGUAUAUAGAACCAAUGAAAUGAACAUACCCUUUACCUCUUGGUGUUGAUAACGUAUUCUACUUUACAAGUCCUGUGAAAAAAAAUGCUUUGUGUGUUUUCAAUGUCACAGUGUGUGUUUUUGAUUCAACAUUGUGUUGAUUUCAGUGAAGUGUAAUUAUCCGUCUAGGUUUUUUUCGUUGGUCAGUCAGUUGUAAGCGUUCAGGUUGUUGCUUGUGAAUGAAAAACGUUGAAAAUUGGAUUUACGAAUUCGUCAAUUCCUAAAUCAUCAAAUAUUCAGAUUGUCAUGAGGUACAUUUAGAUGCAAAUGUUAUUGUUUUUAAUUAUUAUUUUGUUACUGUGUUUAGUUUUUACAGUUUAUGAUACGCUCCCUCCUCAUACCCAGUGUAUUAUGUUUAUGUUACUCAUGUUUCUGUUACUCAUAUCGCCAUGCGCAAUGAAGUGUGCACAUGCGCAAUGUGUUGUCCAGCCUUCUUUGCCGCAUAGUAUGUGGCGGGGAACAUUUCAUAAUAAAAGUUUGUGAUAAAAUUGGUUACAAUAUAAAUUUUAUUCUCUUAUGGCCACACUGUGUGUAUCGUUCUGUAUUUGCUUGUUGUCGGCGAUCUCAGUAUGGAAAUUCUGAUUCAACAAUCAAAACUAUUACCGAUGUGCUGUGUUGCGAGUAUCUCAGCGUUAUAACUGUGUUUAAUGCACUCCCUGACCUUUGCCAUUUAGCGCUGUACAAUUCCGAUAUUUCAACAACGAAACUCAUAUAGUGUGUUUAUUUAUAUUCCUCGAGUUCAUUCCAACAAUAAGACAUAUCUUUUCACCACUCAAAGUCCACCACCUUUCGAGUCUCGCUUUGACAGUAACCGAACCGAGAUGUCAUUAUUCCUAUAUAGUUCUAACAACGGAUGUGUAGUCUCGUUUACGUUUCACAUGCUUUCGAGAUUGUACCAUCUCGGCUUAUUUCUGGUUAUCGCGAGACUUUGCGAUCUGGUUACAAUCGAGAUUUUAUAAGCUCUAUGCGAAACGAGAUUUUGUGUUCAGGUCCUGAGAGGGACUGGGAAAUCUCGCUUUUGUCAUGUCAGGGCGAGACUUCGCGAGAGAGGAGGGCUCAGUCACCACGUGACUUGAGAUGAUUGUGUUCAAGGACUGCUUUAAUCUCGGAACUGUGACUUCCGCCGCGUGUGUUUCAUAUUCAUAUCAUUAGGGAUGUCUGGAUCCUAUAUCAAAAUUAGAUAUUCUUAUAUGCAACGGGUCUUGAUACAAGUGGGCGACACUCAUGAAUAUUCAUCAAUAUUCGUGAAUAUUCCUUCUUUUCCUAAAUUCGUCUUUCACAAUGCUUGCCCACAAGGUGAUAUUUCAUUAUCGGCAAGCCAAGACUGGAUCAACACUGAAAUGUCCAAUCAAAUGGCCAAAUGGCAUUACUGAGAGCGGGUACCGCAGCCCUAGAUUAGCCCUGUUGAUCAUGUUAUGUACAUGUGUAUAUUUCACGCAAUGAACAUGGUUGGUAUACCUGAUGCUUAAGACUCUUCAUGUCAAUUUCAGCAGCAGAUCAGGUCACGUACUCCACUAAACACAUGGCGUUUCCAUUCUAUUUUCAAAGUAAAAAAAGUCACUUUCAAUGAAAUCGUAACAUGCUUUUGUUGAGUGAAAUGGAAGGUAUGCAUGUCACGGUUUCAAGCGAAUCUUAGGCUCCUUUGAUAUCUCCGUUACCAAGGUCCUUUAUUAGAAUACUUUAGAUGACCAUGAAUGUGUUGUUUGGUUACCUGGAGGAUGCCCAUUUCUGUUCGUUAAAACACCUUGACUCGUCUGAUACUAAGUCUGUUCAGUUCGACGCGUCAGUUUCUUCGUUGUAAAGUGUGGCCAGGUUUAUUAUGAUAACUACUAGACUCUACCAUCAGUAUGCUUGGCGUUGUAAAUUCAUGUUUUAAGGACACAAUUCAUCCCUAUCAUGCGUCACACAUUUUUGUACAUACCGGAAAUUACGUUUUCCACGAAAUAAUGACGUAACGCCAACGACCGAUGACGUUUUCGACAGGGCUGUUCCUGUCCCGGAAGUGACGUCAUCCUGUUGUGCAUACUGUCUCACGCAUUGAGUAACUGAUUGUAUCUUGCCACGUCUGGUGGUACAAUGGCUAGAUUUAAUUGUCUUUUUAUUGUUUCAGAUUAUUUCAUGCCAGAGGGUAUUACAUUUAUAUUUAUAUCGAUUGUUUAAGUCAUGAAUGUGGUUGUUUUGAAUUAAAUGAUUCAAUGAUGUAAACUAUGUCAUCGAUUAAAACUUCCUUAAAAUA